AUGUGUGGUGAGGAGGAGGAAAGUCUUGAGCAUAUCUGGUGUCCAUUUGUGACUUCAAUUGGGAAAUUUUCUGUCCUUCACCUUGACACACAAUUUGAAGAGCAGAACAACUUUAAGGAGUGGUGUACGAUGAUAAAGGAAAAAGUCACAAACUCCAAAUGGUGGGAUACAUUCUGGUGCUUGGCAUGGGGUGUUUGGUUGAGGCGAAAUAGUUGGGUGUUUGAAGGAAAAAGAAAACCAGAUCCUGAUGUCAUUCAUAAGGCUGUCAGCCUUGUGGGGGAGUAUGAACACGCUCUGGAGAAGAUCGCAAUCCAUCAGCUUGUACAGCCCCCAGAUGCAGCUAUUUUUGGGCAGCAGAAGGCUGGUCUGAAAAGGGUUUUGAGGGAUGCUACUGGUGAUGUGGUGAUGGCGUGUUGCUUGGUGAUAGAAGGGGCUUUUGAGGUGGAUGUUGGGGAAGCUAUGGCAGUGCGGAAAAGUGCUUUAUUUGCUAGAGAAGCAGGUUACAGCAAGCUUGUUUUUGAGACGGACAACUUAAAAUUAUUUCAUCAUAUGAAGAAGGGUAUCACCCCUCCAACAGCCUUUGGAAACAUGGUGAAAUACAUCCUUUGA